UCAGUCCCUUGUGACUCACAGUCAUGUCAUGUUCUGCUAGGGAGAAACACACACUCUGCAACAGCUGAUGUGCAUCUGGAUCAUUACAAGCAUUGGGUGAUUUUCUUUCGACCAUAUUGAGAGAAGAUUCAGACCGCGACGGAGAGCGAAGAGGCGAAGGUUUCUUCAACACAUUAUGGCUUCUCGGAAGAAGGUGCUGCUGAAAGUGAUCAUCCUAGGGGAUUCAGGAGUUGGGAAGACUUCUUUGAUGAACCAGUAUGUGAAUAAUAAGUUUAGUAAUCAGUAUAAGGCCACUAUUGGAGCUGACUUCCUCACCAAGGAGGUGAUGGUGGACGACAGACUGGUCACUAUGCAGAUUUGGGACACAGCUGGUCAAGAGCGAUUUCAGUCUCUGGGUGUGGCUUUCUACAGAGGGGCGGACUGUUGCGUGUUGGUCUAUGACGUCACAGCACCAACUACGUUUAAGACUCUGGACAGCUGGAGGGAUGAGUUUCUCAUUCAGGCCAGUCCACGUGACCCAGAGAACUUCCCUUUUGUUGUGCUAGGCAACAAAAUUGACUUGGACAACCGACAGGUUACAACAAAGCGAGCUCAAGCGUGGUGUCAGAGUAAGAACAAUAUCCCCUAUUAUGAGACCAGUGCCAAAGAGGCCAUUAACGUGGACCAGGCUUUCCAAACUAUUGCUCGCAAUGCACUAAAACAGGAGUCCGAAGUGGAGACAUAUGAUUUUCCUGACCAGAUUAAACUAAGAGAUGACAGACCUGCAUCCACUAGUGAUGGCUGCAGCUGCUGAAGGAGAGAAGAAACAGGGCAGGGAAGAGAAAGAUCUAGUUUGGGAAAGAGAGGAAGGGAUGGAAAACAUCCAGGCCUGUCACUCUUGCGCACAUCCUUCUCUCUGCAGUUUUUUUUCUCCUUUGAAAUCUCCAGGGUAUCAAAUGCCACAUGUGAAAGCUGAACAUCCAUUUUAUUGCUGAACCCCAAGUAACAUGUGGUAUGACUAACUGUCCAGAGAACAGGAAGACCAAUGUGUUGCUACUCUCACUACAGCUGUCGAUGAAUUUCCCUGACUGUCACUACUCCUGCUGUCCAUGGCAUUUUAUUUUUCUUUUGUUUCAAAAUGAUCCUUUUUGUCUGCUAAUUCAUUGUGCCUUUAUACUUUGUAACUUUUUGUUAUUAUUCUCAGCACCUGUUUCACUCCUAUGCUGAACAAGCAUUCUUAAUAUAUGUAAUAGGGCUGGGCGAUAUAGCAAUUUUUUAUGUUAUAUUUGAUAUUGUUUUGUUGCUGAUAUAAAAUUAACCAAUACUGCGCUAAUAAUAUAUUUUUUAAUGUUGUGCUUUUAAUUUCAACAAAGUUUAAGCCGAAGUGUGUAACUUUUUCAGUGUUCGAAUUAGAGGUCGACCGAUAGUGGAUUUUGCAGAUACUAAGGUACUUAGUACCUUACUGACAACCUAUUAAUCGGCCAAUAGUUUUUAAAAUCUAAACAGAAUGCUACAACAUUUUCUUAGUCAGCAACGACAUAGAGGCCAGAGUACAAAAUGAAUAAAAUCCCAGAUGUAGUUUAUUUUUCAACCAAUAAUAAUCAGAAUUUUUUUUAUUUGGUGCAUAACAUGGGACUUUUAACACUAAACAAGCCUGAAACACACACGGGGCUCUUAUUUUGAAAUGACGGAGCCUUGGCUCCUUUACAAUGCUCUAUUUUCAUAUUUCCCAAAUUGAGCUUUUUAUUACCUUUUAUAUUAUUAUUAUUAUUAUUAUUAUUAUUCACAAUAUAUGAAGUUGGAGACACGAUGUAUUGUAACAUUUUUCUUUGCAUGCCCUCGCUUAAAUUUAAAAUGCUUAUAAGAUUUUUGCCGAUAACUGAUAGUUCCAAAAAGCAACUAUUGGCGCCGAUAUAUUGGUCUACCUCUAGAUAGAAUACUUUCUCCUUUCUCAGCCUAAAAUGCAACGACAACUAUAAGUAAGCCAUUCGAAGGUUAAUUUUCUCGAAACUGUAAACACUUUGUCUCUGUAGCACUAUAUAAAAAAGUUUGUUUUGAGCAACCUGUCCAGCUGGACACUACAACAGCGUUUGAGACAGGUACAACAGAGUUUGGGGCGGGACCUUUCUGUUUGUUCGAAAAACAGAAGACGGGCCGUAUUUGGUAGGCUGUUUGAAAACUAUGUUUAUUUUGGCAGUUCUGUUCGGAGGAGCAUGAAUUACACACUUCAGCUUUAACUUAAGACUGUGCCAGUUGGCCUGUUUUGCUUUCGCUCACUGUGUUACAGCUUGCGAGAAUGAGGUAUUUUAAUAGUGUCUCGAUUGUAAAAAUUCAGAUAAUCCAAGUAAUUGGUAAAGGGAAGUCCAAGUAAUUUCAGCAUAUCAAUUUUUAUAACUUUCCGAUUCAGUUUAAAAGCAUUAGUUCAAAGCUCUGCCUUAACGAUUUGUUCACAUCAUCACUUAAAAAUGUUCACGGAAGUCCCUGCAUUGCAUUUUACAUGCUUUAGAAUGUUUUAGUAAAAAAUAUGUAUGUAGAUAAUUAUUGCUGUUUAUAACUAUGUAUUGACAUGUUGGUGCAUAUAAAUGAAAAUUAUCCUUGUGCCCAUUUAGUAAAAAGUGUGGAAAACAUUCCUUGCUUCUUUUUAACUACAUUUCUACAGUAUUUUACUUCUUGCUACAAAGAAUUUGAAUCUACUUGGCAGCAAUGGCUGUUUGGUUGCAAUGACUUUUCAUCUGAUUGAAAAGCUUACUCUUCAAACCAUUUCAGGGUAAAUAUAAAUAUUGAUUCAGUAUAAAAGAAUAUUGUCAGAAGGCUUAAAAUAUAGCUAUAUCACCCAGCCCUAGUUUGUAAUAUGUCAUAAAGGACAGACAGCCUUUUUAAAAGUGGAUAACAUUAUAUUGGCCAUUAAUUUAGUGUCAUUUGGCUGUUGUAGGUCUCUCUGACAUAGAACAAAGAAUAUAGUUUAAAAUGUGCAUUACUGUUUCUGUAACAAAUUUCUUCAGAAUGUUUCUCAGUCCAACAAUACAAGUGAUAAAGGUUUACAAAAACAGGUAAUUAUUAUUAUUAUUCUUUUUUUUGCAUGUAGUUCCAGUGUGUUUCAUUAGAGGUCAUGUAAGAUGCAGAACUGACAAGUCAGAUAAGUUGCUCAUGGUACAGCAAAAGAGAAGCACAUUCCAUGCUCAGUUCAGUGCUUUGAUUUGGCUUUGGUCAAUUCUGUGGUAUACUUUUAUUAAUUAAUAUAUAUCUGUAGCCUACCUAAGAGCUCCACCAUUUUAUAAGCCAAAACACACACACAUAAAAACCUUGCAGUAGGUAUCACUUUAUUUUGGCCAAAUGAAAGAAUGACUUGAAAACCAAAAAGAGUUAAAUAAAGGAAACAUUUACAAGCAA